AUGAGAGGGGUUGAUCAUAAAAUGGCAAAAGUACUUAAAGGAUUUGGCAUGAAAAGAGCACUGAUUGUUCACUCAGUGGGACUAGACGAGAUGAGUCCGCUUGAAUAUGGGAAGAGUAGAAAGAUAUUCUUUGCUAGGGGCAAAGCAAACGCAGGGGUGUAUCAUAUAAUAGUGAUAACAAAUUUACUAGGCUAUUUGCAGCAGGCCCCGGUAUUUUAUUCUUACACAGAAAUUCAGCUUGUCAGAGUUGAUUUACUGACAUCGUCAAACAUGGCGUUAUCACUGAGGCAGUCAAUUACCAGAAGAUUAUACUCAAAUUCAUGCUUAGCCUACGCCGACUUCUCGGGCACCCUGAAAUCCGACGACCGCCCCAAAGACCCCCCGACUCAUAACCUCCAUGACUCCUCACUAAUCAACAUGCUGGAGCUCAACUCACAGCUCAAGCACCUCACAAAAUCCGGCGACCUGAAAACCGCCCGCAACAUGUUCGACACAUUGCCCCAAAGGGACGAAAUCACCUGGACCACCCUGAUUGCCGGCUACAUCAGCUCCUCAGACACAUCCGAAGCAAUUUCUUUGUUCUCGAAAAUGUGGGUCGACCCGGAUGUCGUAAUGGACCCAUUCAUACUCAGUCUUGCUUUGAAAGCGUGCGGCCUGAAUGUAAAUUUGCGUUACGGUCAAGGGCUGCACGGGUACUCCGUGAAAUCCAGCUUCAUCUGCUCGGUUUUUGUCGGGAGUUCGGUCCUCGACAUGUACAUGAAGAACGGAAGAAUUCUCGAGGGGUGUGCAGUCUUUGACGAAAUGCCGUCAAGAAAUGUGGUAUCUUGGACAGCUGUCAUCACAGGCCUCGUCCGGGCAGGUCUCCACUCCCGGGGGCUUUUAUAUUUUUCCCAGAUGUGGAAAAAUGGGGUCGAGUAUGAUUCUUACACGUUUGCCAUUGCACUCAAGGCUUGUGCUGAUCUCGAGCUGUUGCACAACGGGAAAGAGAUUCACGCCCGCAUAUUAAAAAGAGGUGUAGAAACAACGACAUAUGUAGCCAACAGCCUUUCCACAAUGUACAAUAAGUGCGGGAAAGUCGAAUAUGGCUCGUUUCUAUUCGAGUGUAUGACUAAACCGGACGUGGUCUCUUGGACGUCCAUGAUAAUGACAUACAUCCAGACAGGCCAAGAGAAACAGGGGAUUAAUUCUUUUUCGCGCAUGCGAGCAUGCGGGAUAAGCCCCAACGAGUACACUUACGCGGCAGUUAUUUCGGGAGUCGCGAAUAUUGCGAAUCUCGAGUGGGGCCAGCAGCUGCACGCGCACGUCCUGCUCGUGGGUCUCGCAGAAUCUCUAUCGGUAUCGAAUUCUAUCAUGACCAUGUAUUCAAAAUGCGGGCUUCCCGAUUCUGCCCUCGAAAUCUUUCGCCAAAUGACCGCAAGAGACGUAAUCUCCUGGAGCACAAUCAUCGCAGGCCAUUCUUUGGGGGGCCACGCAGAGGAGGCCUUCGAGCUGUUCUCGCAGAUGAGGAAAGAAGGCCCGAGGCCCACUGAGUUCGCUGUGUCAAGCGUGCUGAGUGUUUGCGGCAGCAUGGCUAUUCUCGAUCAAGGCAAACAGCUCCACGCGUACGUUUUAUCCGUCGGCCUCGACCAAACGGCCAUGAUCCCGAGCUCCCUCAUAAACAUGUAUUCGAAAUGCGGUUGCAUUCUAGAGGCUGCGAAAGUAUUCUCGCUUACUCUAAAUGACGAUAUAGUCUCCUCUACCGGUAACCAAACGCACCAUGAGAAAAACAAAAAGGUGAGAAAAAACACAAACAAAAGAACAAAAAGAAUGUCAGCGCUUUCUGUUAUUCCCAUAACUGUAGCUACUUUUAGUUUAUCCCAAUCAAGAAAGCUUCACAAACCCAGUAAAAAUCUCGCCAAAAGAUUAGAUUCACGGGUAGAAUUUCAAGACUCUGUAUCUUGGGCUCGUAGGACCAAAACACAGAAUAUUAUGAUAUAUGGUGUUAAUGGGGCUCGGGCUAGUACGAACGAUGAGAGUAUUGAGGUUUUUGAGCAGGAAGCUUUUGUGGAUGGGUCUUCGAAACUCGGAGCCGGUCGACUCGAAGCUACUCUCAAUAGCUUGAGCAAGUGGCUCGUCUCGGCGCUUUUUGCCGCAAUUGUUCUGUGGAGGCAUGAUCCCGAAGUAUUAUGGGCAGCUAUGGGUGCUAUUCUCAAUGCUCAACUCUCGGUGGUACUUAAGAGGUUAUUAAACCAAGAAAGGCCUAUUUCUACAUUAAGAUCAGACCCAGGAAUGCCUUCAUCUCAUGCACAAGCCAUCUUCUACACAGUCUUAUUUCUCAAUUUGGCAAUCAUGGCUUCGAGUUUCCCAACAACUUCAUACGACUAUGCAGGUGGUCGUUGUUGGGUCCUGUAUUGGUUUUCUGUUGCACGUUAUUCGUACUUGGAUGGUAGAGGAACGGUAAUCCCAUCUAAUAGUAAUAAUGUGGCCGUGAGCGGACCUUAA